AGCUGGGCUCGGUUUUAAUGAAUGAAUAUUGUAAGAAACACACCUAAAAAAAGCCAAAGCUACUAAGUGUACAAGCCUUGAAAGUACUAGAGCAAAGAGAGCCGGGUAUCACCAUGACAGCCGAGACAUUUGAUGCCCUCAUGAAGAUUGUCAUUAUUGGAGAUUCAGCUGUGGGGAAAACAUGUCUCAUACUGCGAUACACACAAGAUGUGUUCAGACCAAACUUUCUGAGCACAAUAGGCGUAGACUUUAAAACUAAAACCGUUGAACACGACAAAAGAAAAUUUAAACUCCAAAUUUGGGACACUGCUGGUCAGGAAAGGUACAAUACAAUUCGAAAAAACUUCUAUCGAGGAGCCAAAGGUGUAGUAGUGGUGUACGAUACAACGAGCCCAGACAGCUUUGCCAGCCUCACAAGAUGGAUGGAAGAUAUCUCUCAGAACAUUGGAGACGGCACUGAGAGACCGGCCAUUCUAAUCCUGGGCAACAAGAUAGACAAGGAAGACGAGAGGCGUGUGCCCAUGUUGUCAGGGAAACAAGCAGCGGAAGAGUUUGGGACAUCAUUCUCAGAAGUGAGCGCUCUGGCUGGAAUUGGAGUGGAUGAAGCGUUCGAUGAACUUGUGAAGAGUAUGGCGUUACUGAUAGACCAGGACACACACAGACAAGAAUAUGGCAGAACUCUUAGAGUAGGCUCAGACGUUUACGACGGCCACAGGCAAUCUAAAUGUUCAUGUUGAUACAUGCAUGUACAGUGUGUUUUUUAUUGUGAGUGCUUUAUCAAUUAAAUUUUUAAGCAGUUUUUCGAAAUAUUUUAUAUCAGAUCUGUGCUUCAAAGAUAAUUAUCGUAUAGUAGCA